CGGGGUUGUGUUUUCUUUCCAAAAAACUUGGCAACGCAGCAGCCAAUGUCACAGCGCAAAAGCGUCUCCGUUUGACUUCCAAGACUUUCUACAGUUAAACAACAAUGGUUACUCGUCGAGUUUGUUGUGUUGAUAAGUGUAAAAAUACAAAUAGUGGAUGUGUAAAACUAUUUGCGUUACCUAAAGAUAGUUUACGACGCCAACAAUGGUUAGGUAAAUUGAAAUUAAGGAAGUUGAGGUGUAACACCAAAAUAGAAAACGUUCGUGUGUGUUCAAUUCAUUUUGUAACAGGAAAACCAGCGUUACCUUAUUAUUCAUCCAAUCACAUAGAUUGGGUUCCAACAUGUUUUUUGGACGGCAUGCCUGAGAAGCUUGGUGAAGUUAGAGCAGCUGAUGCAUUCGAAGAACUGGAUGUGAUCAACAACACACAAGAAGAACCUAUAGAAAACACAGUUUCAUCAGAACCAGAAAAUGAAAUUUCUGCAAGCAACAACAACAUCGAUGUUUUGCAUGACAACACCUUUAUCAAUGAAGUUAAGAAACUCCAGUCUGAAAUAACUGUCUUGCAAGAAAAGUUAAAGUUAAGUGAUGGUAAAGUAAUAAAUGCGCAAAUUACUAUAGACAAUUUAAACCAACAGCUGUCGGAUUCGUUUGCAAAGCUUAAAGUCAGUGAAAUGGAAUUGUCGAAUGAAAAACUAGAAGUGAAAGUCUUGUCAUCACAGGUUGAUGAAUUUCAGCACACAAUAUCAUUUUUAGAAUUAGAAUUUGAAUCCACCCAAGUAAUGAGUAAGAUAAAAAAAGACAUGAAUGGUUGCAAAUUUUAUACUGGGAUUAAUAGUUUCGAAAGGUUGUGGACUUUGUGUAAUUUUGUCAUAAAGUUCAUUCCACCACAACAUUCUCUCUGUAAACUUGACUAUGCUACUCAGUUUGUUAUUACUUUAAUUCGAUUAAGAUUGAACUUAACUAUGCAAGAUUUGGCAUACCGCUUCAAUAUCUCGCUUUGUACUUGUUCUAAGUAUAUCACUUUUUGGUUACAUGCCAUGCACAAAACAUUGGUACCUGCCUUUAUACGCUGGCCCAAACAAGAAAAUGUUAGGAAGACUAUGCCUCUAUGUUUCCGUGACCGCUUUUACCGUUGCAUUUGCGUAAUUGAUUGUUUUGAGAUAUUUCUUGAUAGACCCACUAAAAUUAAAGAACGAGCGUCAACGUUUUCUACUUACAAAUCACACAACACCGUAAAAUUUCUUAUCGCUAUUACACCUCAAAGAUACAUAUCUUAUGUGUCAAAAGCGUAUGGUGGAAGAAUAAGCGAUAAGUUCAUUGUAGACGACUGUGAAUUACUUGACAAACUUAUUUUGAGAGAUAUAGUUCUAGCUGAUCGCGGCUUUACAGUUCAUGAAGCUGUUUCGCUACAAAAUGCAGAACUUAAAAUACCAUCAUUCCUUGGCAAGAGGAAUCAGUUAACCAACUUAGAAGUUGAAAUGUCAAGAGAUUUGGCUCGUGUGCGUAUUCAUGUUGAAAGGAUAAUUGGUGCCAUCAAACAAAGGUACUCCAUUCUUCAUUGUACUUUGAACCAUCAAUGCACUGAUCUAAGUGGAACUGAUGAAGAACGUAUUUCUAUUAUUGAUCAAAUGGUAAAUGUAGCUUGUGCUCUUUACAAUGCUUGUCCCUCUGUAGUCCCUAUUAUUUAACAAUGUCAUGUGACAAUGUGAUGGAAGUUUCGAAGUAGAAAUUUGUGGAUGUGAAGUUGUGAGUUUGCUAAUACAAUUAACAACAGCA